CUCCGCUCGAUGACUAUAAUUGCAACUUAAAAGUAAAAACCUUAAGAAUUCUUUCUUCAAAAUGUCAACCAUUUCAAAGUUGGAAAUCCGAGGAAUCCGAAGCUUCGGCGUCGAAAGCGGAGAUGUUCAGAAAAUCAAGUUCCAAUCCCCCCUGACAUUGAUUGUUGGCCAGAAUGGUUGUGGCAAAACCACUAUCAUCGAGUGCUUGAAAUAUGGUCUAACCGGCGAAGUUCCGCCUGGCACUGACCGUGGCAAGGCAUUCGUUCAUGAUCCGAAGAUUUUCAGCACCGUUGAAAGCAUGGGGCAGGUCAAGCUAAUGGUAACGGAUUUCACCGGAAAUCGUGUCACGGCGACGCGGUCGAUGAAGGUUUCCCAGAAAGGCCGGGGCCAACAACCCAAGUUUGAAACGCUUGAUUCAGUUGUUACGAUGGAGAAUGUUGCCACCGGUGAAAAGACCACUCUUUCCCGGCCUCGAGCUGCAGAUAUCAAUAACGAGAUGUGCGACGCCAUGGGAGUAUCGAAAGCUAUCAUUAACAACGUCAUUUUCUGUCACCAAGAAGACUCGAAUUGGCCCCUGGAGGAACCGAAAGAAUUGAAGAAAAAGUUCGAUGCCAUCUUCGGGACGACAGAAUACAACAGAGUGAUCGAGAAGCUAAUCAAGAUAUCCAAGGAAUACAAUGAUCGACAAAAGGAGAAAGCAGGAGACUUGAAGCUACUGGAAAAUAUAAAAAGCCAGGCGGAGGUGAAACACCUUCAGCUCCUGAAGGUUGACAAAAGCAGGCAGGACAAACUCGCUGUAGUGGAUAGUCUGGAGAAUUCGUUGAAGCCAAUCUAUGAGCGUCUGGAUCAGAUUGCUAAAAUUGAGAGAGAUUUUUCAAAGCUGAAACAACAGGAAAUUGAGUUCAAAUCGAAGAUCAAUACUAAGGAAGAUCAGCAAAAUCAAAUACGAUCGAAGAUCCAAAAUCUGUUUAAAGGUUCAUUCCACGAGUUGGAAAUUGAAAUUCAAAAUUUCAAACAAUCCAAAAGUUCCAAAUUGUUGGAACUGCGAGAGGCUGAGUCAGAUUUGAGCUCUCGCAAAGCUCAGGAGAAGGUGUUGCAAUCAAAAAUUCAAGACUUUGAAUCACGUAGGAUUCAUCUCAACACAAAAAGAGGACAAGAACAGGAUUUAUGUGGAGAUCGAUCCAAGAAAAUGGUCGCUCUUUGUGAUCGUUUGAAGCUCCCAGCUGUUGGGGAUUUCGAAGCAGGAGGCGCUGAUGUGGAAAGUGCCCUGAAAGCAAUUAAGCACGGUAUUCGCUCUGAAGAAACUGCAGUUCAGACACUGUCCAAGAGUCACGACGAAGCAGACCAUAAAGCCCAGAAAGCGAUCGAUAAACUGCGAGAAGACAAAACCAAAUUGGAGGCUGAUUUUCGGAUGAAAGGUCAAAUGGUUGCAGAUUUUGUUCGUGAAAAGGCCAAAACCCAGUCAGAAAUUGCAGCCAUUCAGCGUUCAGCAGAAACUUUGAAGAAAAUUGUCACCGAAAUCGAGAAACUGGAGAAGGACUACGAGAAUCAGAAGUCAAAUUCAAAUGUUGAAGGAAUGAGACGACAGCUGGCAGAGAAGAAGAUAAAACGCGAAGAGCUCCAAGCUAAGUUGGACAGGGUUGAAGAGCAGAUUUCGGCACUGGAUGCCGUUGCAGCAAAAGCAACUGAAUUGCACCUCAAGGAGCAGCAGUUUAACGCAAAGGAGUCAGAAUUCAAACGGCUGCGGAACAAGCAUACGGAGAACUUAAAGCGACUUUUUCCUAGCAAGACUAUUGAUACGAACUACAAACGUAACGUGCAAACUUUGUACGAUGAUCUCCAACGACAAAUCAAACAGCUGAAUGAAUCGAUGCGCAAGUCACAAGCAACGGUUACCGAAAUGGAAACCACUAGACGUUCCCAGAAACGCGAAUUGGACCGCAUUGAGCGUGAGCUCACUGAAAAUAAAGAGAAAAUCUACACAGUCUGUCAGGGCAAUCCGUUCGAAGAAGUUCUUGCCAAGCUGAAGGAUAAAAUCAGCAAGAACAACUUGGAACAUGGAGAGCUCCGUUCAGCGGAAGUUCUUUACAAAAAGUACAUUUCUCGUAUCGAGGACGAUAAAUGUUGCCCAGUUUGCCACAAGGGAAUGGAUGGUGCAGAUGUGCAGGACAUAAGUUCAGAGCUUUCAGAUGAAAUUCGCCGACUGCCGGAAAAAAUCGAGGCCCUUGAGCGCAUGCUGAAAGCGGACCAGAAAAAAUACGAUCAAUUGCUGGCCUUACAACCGUAUUCAGAACGCAUUGCAAAGCAAACCGAAGAAAUACCGAAACUCAAAGAACAGCUAGAAGAGACUGAACGUAAACUGGUUCAGGCCUCAUCAGACCUUGAGGAGUGCCAAAUGUCAAUUUUAGAACCUAACUCAAGCGUUCAGUUGAUCAAUUCUAUUCUGGGAGACAUGAGUAUUCUAGACGAAUCUGUCAGAGAUAUUGAUCGAAUGAAGAAAGGCAUUGAGAACUUGAAAAUUGAAGUAGCUGUGAAGACUCCUGAAGGAACAACUGCUUCCCUCGAUGAUAUCAAGUUGGAACGAGAAGCACUUCGUGGUGAACUGCGGGUUGAGCGUAUUUCUAUUGACGCUAUGCAAAACAAGAUUGAUGAAGAAACGGAACGUUUGAACAAUCUGCAUCAAAGGUACAACCAAAUGAAGGAGAAGAAAAUUCAACUGCAGGAAUCUGUACAGUCAUUGGAUCAGAAAAAGGCCAAGGAACUUGAGUUGGGAGAGAAGAUCGCCUCUUGCCAGAGAGAAAUGGAUGAGACUGAAAAUAAACUCGGACCAGUGAAGCAAAAUUUGAUCACUGAAGAAAAAUCAAAAGCCAAGGCUAAGGAAGAAAACCGUGCAAACCUAAACAAGGCACAAGCCGAGCUAGAAGAGCUUAAACGAAUGGAUGCAGAAAUUGUUCGUUUGUGUAAAGAAUUGGAUGCUUUGUCCCGUCUAAAUUUGGCAGAAGAGAUUCAAAAAAUUAAACGCAAACUUCAAGAAUCCAAUGAAGAAAUGAAGAAGAUUAUUGCUGCAAUCGACGAAAAGACUUAUCAGAUUGAUUCGCUCAAAAAGGAUGUUAUGAAUCAAGAUAUGAUUGAGCGUGAUUAUCUGGACAACCGCGACUUGAUGAAAUUAAAAGACGAAACAACUUCGCUGAAGCAAGGUCUGGACGCAUUGAUGCAAAGCAUUGGCGACAUGGAUGCACCAAACGUGGCCCAAGAACGAAACAAACUGCUUGAACAACGAGAUGCAAUCCAAUCGACGAAAAGCCAAACAACUGGUCAAAUAGCCGAAUUGGAGAAUCAGAGCAAAGCUUUGAAAAAAGAACUGGAUCGAUCGGAAUUCAAGAACGCUGUGAAGAACUAUCUAAAAACAUACAGCGAAUCGGUGGUGUUGAAAAAAAUGAUAAGUGAUAUUCUCAAAUACCGUAAUGCCCUCGAGUGGGCGCUCAUGAAAUAUCACGCAGAAAAGAUGGAACAAAUAAACCGCUCUAUCUAUUCUCUGUGGAGGGAUAUCUAUCGUGGGAAUGACAUUGACUACAUUCGUAUCAAAACUGAGGACGAGUCAAAACCCGAUAAAGUUACAGAUAAACGCCGACAAUAUCAUUACCGAGUAGUCCAAGCCAAAAAUGACGUGGAGAUCGACAUGCGAGGACGUUGCAGUGCUGGUCAAAAAGUAUUAGCAUCGCUGAUCAUACGAAUGGCACUAGCAGAGACAUUCAGUAAUAACUGCGGAGUGAUGGCCUUAGAUGAACCGACCACCAAUUUGGACAGAGAAAACAUUGCUUCACUGUGCGAAAGUUUGCGCAGAAUUGUUACGGAAAGAGAAAACGGUAACUUCCUGUUGGUCAUUAUUACCCACGAUGAGGACUUUGUUACCAAACUAGAGAAGUUUGAUACAUAUUAUCGCGUCUCCCGUGACCACGAUGGAAAGUCGAUAAUCAAAGAAGAACAGCUGUAAAUUAUUCACUGUGUGAAUGUUGAACAAUUCAUAAGUUUCCCUUGUUAGUUAUUCGUUGAAAUCAUUCCAAUAAAACAUCAAACUGCUUUAAACAAAAAAAAGGUCCAAAUA